AGGACAAUCUCCUGGUUACCCGCAAUCAAGCUCGUUUCUCUACUGGACUUGGGCGGCGGCUGGCCGAGCACAAAUGGGGAAGCACGGCAAAAAGCAAACCCUCAAUCACCGCAGAGAGAAAAGAACCUCGUACACUGUUCAAGACGACGGCGACGAACUAGGACUUCAUGAGUAUUCGUUAAGCCCACAGCCAUCUUCUUCUCGAGAAGCUGCUCCCUCCGACUCCGACCAAGAAUCGCAGGAAGAAAACGAGGAAUCGCAGGACAAAGGCGAGGAUGAUAAAGGAACUGAUGAUGGCCUCCCCUCAAAAUACUCUCUGUAUCAACAGUCGGUGCAGUCUCCAAAAGGGGAUAUAAGCUAUCUUCAGAAGUUCUUUUUGAUGUACGUUGGUGGGAGGGCACCGCUCCAUCUCCAGGAAGAUUUUUGCGGCACUGCUCUUUUGAGUGUGGAGUGGCUUCAUGGUGAUGCUAGAAGAACUGCCAUAGGCCUAGACUUAGAUGUGGAAGCACUAAACUGGUGUCUGACAAAUAACGUCAACAGAAUUGGAGCUGAUGUCAGCUCAAGACUAUCACUUCUUCACGGGAAUGUCCUGCAACCUCAUGAAUCUAAAUUAGUUAAUGUUAAUCCUCUCGCGGACAUGCAAAACUUGACAUUGAAAGACAACGAAGAUGGUUCGGUUCAUGAUGGUAAAUACUGUAAGGACAUGCAAUUGCCUGAGAGGGAUAUAGUUUGUGCUUUCAAUUACAGCUGUUGUUGUUUGCAUAACCGUAAGGAACUGAUUUUGUACUUCAAGCAUGUACUUAAUGCGCUGAGUAAAAAAGGCGGUAUUUUUGUGAUGGAUUUGUAUGGAGGUUCAUCUUCGGAGGGUGUGCUGAGACUGCAGAGAAGAUUUCCCAAUUUUACGUAUAUCUGGGAGCAAGCUGAAUUUGACAUCAUUCAAAGGAAAACAAGAAUAAGUCUCCACUUCAAUCUGCAAAAGCAGCAUAGAAAGAUUCGACAUGCGUUUAGUUACAGCUGGAGACUGUGGUCUUUGCCUGAAAUUAAGGAUUGCUUGGAGGAGGCUGGAUUUAGCUCUGUCCACUUUUGGAUUAGAGAAAUGCCAAACAGCAAAGAAAUGAGGUGCACGGAUGGAUUAUCUGUCGGGCAAGACGUGAAAUAUGAAGAGGCUACGAGCUUCGAGCAGCAGGAUUCUUGGAAUGCAUACAUUGUAGGUGUUGCAUAGUCAUAAAUUCAGACAUUUAUGGUUAGAUGUCUUUGACUGGUUUUUUUUCUUGAGCUGGGUUGACAAACAUGGAAUUUCUUUACAUUGACCUUCAAGGGGGGGAAAAAAAGAAAAAAGAGGGUAAAUUCCAUUACAAGGUUUAGAUUUUUGGAAUUUUGUUAAUUUAGGGUUUGAAUUUUUAAUUUUUCUCAAUUGAAGGUUUUAAUUUUUAAGUUUUUCACAAUUUAAGCCCCCG